AUGGUGGUGUGUGGUCAGGAUCAGAAGGAGAGGAGGGCGACCGAGGGACGGCUGCUGGGUUCUGCUGAUGGUAGAGUAGACGAUGCCUGCCUGGGUAGUGACGGUGGUUGGAUGCUGGUGGUGAUGGUGGUGGUGGUGGUGGUGGUGGUGGUGGUAGUAGCAGGAGGAACGCGCAGAGGAGGCGCUAUACUGCCCGCCCACGUUUCUUUAUUCGAUGUAGAUGGAUUCGUGUAUGGCAUUUUUCUACAAUGCACGUUUUCUAUUCUCAAAAACGUAACGCCAACGAACUUGCCCAUUCUUUUCUUUUUUCAGAAACUAAGGCCCACCGAUAUACCGAUCUUCGAGAUAAAGAACCUGUUAAUUAACGAGACUGGCACGCAGCUGGCCUUAUGGGGUAAUCUGGGUCUGGUUCUCAUGGAGCUUCCGAAACGUUGGGGCAAGGACGGCAUGUUUCAAGGUGGGAAGGAAGAGAUACUCUGCAUAGUCUACAACGAAACGGUAGAUGUUCGGAGAGCAAGGUGGCAUCCAGGAUCCACAAACGACUCUCAUCUGCUAGUACUGACAUCCGAAAAUACAUUUCGUUUAUACGAGUGCGAAGUGGGUAACAGGCCAAAGUUCGUAAGAUCCUGGAAAGUCGGUCGUAUACCAUUCAGUUCGCCGUCAAAGAUACCGGACUUCACCUCUUUAGGCGACACAGCGGUGGACUUUGAUUUCGCUACGCCCACUCUACGCAAACCUGAAACGUUUAUCGGCAAAGACAUUAACAAGGAUAAUGUUGUCGAUUGGAAUCAAAUUGAAUGGCCCAUUCUGGUUCUCCGUGGCAGCGGGGAAGUGCUCAUUGUUCGUGGAAACAUUUUACACGAUGUUCACGAAAAUCCGGUGGUAUCGGGAUCACUCUCUAUGUAUCCUCCAACCGACGAUAAUUAUGGAAUAGACUCCUGCUCCAUCAUGUGUCUGCAAACUACACCCCCGAUAGUGGUUAUCGCUAUGUGCACUGGAAAGAUUUACCAUGCGAUUCUACUGAAAGAAGAAGCGACCAGCGACGACAGUAAUGAUAAAAGAACUUGGUCACAGUACGGUUCAACUUGCAGCCUUCACACGCCAGAGGAGGCGUUAUACGUUUACGAAUGCGUCGAGAUAGAAUUAGGUCUGUUUUUCGCAGACGACGAUGAAAAGUACAACUGUCCGAUACAUCUUCGCGCCGACAAGGAUAACAAGUCGAGGUAUUUUUGUUCUCACAACGCGGGAAUUCAUAUGAUCACACUGCCGAUGGUUUCUCAAUUGGAGGAAUACAUCAACGCUCCAAAAGAAAACGACGAUUCACGUUUACCAUCGCUUUCGAAUCAGUCCAACUCGCAAUACUUGAUCUGUAGAAGAACAAAGCACACGGAAGUAAACGAAGCCACGCCAAUACUUGGAUUUGGACUUCUCCAGGAGCCAUGCGUUUUAGUGGCUUUGCUACACACCGGUGACAUCGUCGCCCGUUCUGUUAUCGAUCUCUAUUACUUUCCGAAGAUCGAGCUUCCAGAAUUUAUAACUGACAAAAAGGAGAAAAUGAACAAAGAGACGUUCGACGUGUACAUAAAAAAGUUGCUGAAACGUGAAACGUCGCAACCGCUUAUCAAAAUCGGCUCGAGAUCUGUCUCUCCGCGGGAAUGUUUACAGCUUCUAUAUCACGCGACGGAUAUCUUUCGCAAAGAACAUUUUGUCAAACAUGAUACCGUGAGGGAAGAAAUCGGGAAGAAGGUGCGUGCGUUGAAAGUAAUGAAAACCCAGUUGUUGAAAGAGCUAGAUGCUUUACUAGAAACGAAAAAAGAAUUGCAUCAGACUGCUGAACGAUUGGCCGAACGCUACGAAGAUAUUAAAGACGAGCAAGAAAAAUUAGCGCAAAGGGCAAAAGAAGUAUUGCGUUUAGUGAAUUACAAGGAACCUUCUAUAACUCCUAUUGAAAGGGCAGAAGCAGAGGAGUUGAAGAAAAUGGAAGUGAAAAUAAAUAAAAUGAAAAUCAGACUUCUAGAACUGAAGAAAAAAUCGGAGCAAACUGAGUCUAUAGACAAUAAUGAAAAUAUUGAAAGGAAAAGAGAAAUUGUUUUUAGAGGUGAUCAAGAAAACGCCAUCAAAAAUAAUCUUGGACAGAUGGCAAAAAAUAUAAAAGAAUUAAUUGCAGAAGUUAAAAAAUUGGAAGAAGAAGUGAGUAUUUAAAUUGAACGACAAAACUUUAUCAAGUUUAGUUGUAAACUAUUGUAAAUUAUUACUUUAACGUAAUAUAUAGGAUUUUCAUA